AUGGCUGCGAUCAAAUCGCUGGAGACGGAGGUCAUCGAGCUGGUUGUGAUGAGGCAGUGGUGGUCCCUGGCGCGGGAGCUGGUGGCCAAGUCCCACGAGCAGAAGGUGGACUUGUCCUUCUCCGUGCGGAAGGCUGUGCGGAGUCUCAAGGACGAGGCUGAUGAGCUUCUCCUGACGCUAGAUCCGAAGUACGGGCAAGUGCAGCAGGUCUCUCCCUCCUUCCAGUGGGCACAGAAUGACACCGCGAUCUUCCUGUCUGUAAAGUACACCGUACGCUGGAAUGCGCCAGGCGCACUGGAGGUCACUGACCCGUCGGUGAACAUGACGGGAAAUGUUUUCAACUUCUCCGGCCUGGGAAAGCAUUCCAACAACAAGUACAGGUAUUUCCUUUCCGUCAACCUUUUCGACAACAUUGAUGCGCAGCUCUCUUCCUGGAGUGCGGCCUCAGUCGGCAAGCUCAGCGUCACCCUGAGGAAGCGGUGGCCGAGGAAGUGGCCACGACUUUUAGUAGACAAGAAGACAAAGAUCGGCAACAUGCAUCUCUGGAUGGAGAUGCAGGAGAAGCUGGACUCCAGCCUUUCCGGCCUCAGCUCUGUGACCAACUCACCGGUGUCCUGCGGCCAGAUGGGGAAGCUGUACUGCAUGGCAACAGACACCUGCAAGAAGUCAGAUGCCUGCACCCAGUGCCCUGGAAAGGCAGAGCCCGAUGAGAAGGCCAACCUGUGCGCCGGUAAGCCCACCGAGAAGGCAUCCCUUAGCUUCCAGGACGCCGACAUGGAUGAAAACCAGCUCAGUGGCGAGGUGAAGAUCCACAAGGCCCGGAAUGACUUCGACGUCGACACCUAUGCCGUGUUCUGGGGCAAGAGCGACUCUGCGAAGCUGGAGUCUCCAGAGGGCAAGGAGAUGCUGCUCGGGGAGGUCAGCUCCAGUGGCCAGGAUGUGGAGUUGCGACUCCCGCCAAACAGCCGCAUCCCGGAGGGUGCCACGCACCUGUUAGUCUUCUCCCGCAAUGCCUACGGUGAGUACUCUAGCCCGGGCUCCCUUCUGCUCCGCGACGCUGCUUUGCCGAAGGCGAAGCCGGGAGGCCUCAGCUUCGAGGAUGAGGAUGGUGGUAAAGACAUGGUGCGUGGGCGGAUCACCAUCAACAAAGCUGAGAACGAGGAGAAGAUCUCCGAGUACUCGCUUCAUUGGGGUCGCUCGCCCACUAGGAAGACAGCCCAGAACUCCUUCAUCAGCGAUGUGCGGAAGGAGGAGGGAAAAGACGUUUCUCACUGGCUCUCUUCGCAGAAGCCUCCGGAGGGUGCGACCCACCUCCUGGCCUUCUCGAAGAACGAGUUCGGAGAGCACCCGUCACCCGUCAAUGUGCAGGUCGUGGAUCGGACGAAGCCUUGCGUGUCCAAGGAGGAAGAUUCCUGUCCGCAGAAGGUUGUAUCAACAGCAGACGAGAAUCCAGAGCCGAAGAACGUGAAGGCCAAAGUGACCAUCACGCCUGCAAAAAACGAGGAGAAGAUUGACAAGUACAGGCUGUUCUGGGGCAAGCAUGCCUGUGGUGAGAAGGAGCAAGACGCUCAGGCCAAGAACGGUUACCUCAAGGACGUCCGUAAGGACGAGUCCCUCGAGGUGGAGCUGUCAACGGGAAUCCUCGUGCCUGAUGGCACAACCCACAUCCUGGCGUUUUCCAAUGCGCCGACCCUCGGCGAGUCCGAUUUUUGCGUGUCGACACCCUUCCAGGACGACAAGUCGGCAGAGAAGAAAGAGCUCUAA